UUCAUAUGGAGAUCAGGGAAUCUGAACAUGUGUGUCUGCUGGGUUAUCACCGUUAUAAAUCAUGUCCAUUGGCUGUUGCUGGGGUAUCACUGCCAUUGGUUGGUCGGUUUGUUGACGUGCCGGAGUGAAUGAAAGCGGAAAUUAUGAGCCAGUGUGUUCAAACUGCAUCAGCGACGUCUACAUGCUCUCUGUGUGCCAAAUGUGGAGUUAACAUGUUAUUUCUUUUAUAUCAUCAACGUUUCUCUCCUUGAAAUGACAGAAGAGUGUGACUGCUGCAGGCUGCCAGACUCUAUAAAUGCUGGAGAAUUUUCCACGGACAGCAUGACAGCUCCACCUUUCUCCGACAAGAUGUCCCCAAUUAAAGCCCUCACCAUGAAGGACUACGAGAACCAAAUCACAGCUCUGAAGAAAGAGAAUUUUAACCUGAAGCUACGCAUUUACUUCAUGGAAGAGCGCAUGCAGCAGAAAUGCGAUGACUCCACCGAGGAUAUAUUUAAAACGAACAUUGAGCUGAAGGUGGAUUUGGAGUCCAUGAAGCGGGAGCUGGCAGAGAAACAAGAGCUGCUCGUUUCCGCGUCCAAAGCGCUGGAGAGUUUGGCCGGUCGAGAAUCAGGGGAACCCCACCGUGUGCGAGAGCAAGCUCAGAGGGAGAUGGAUUCACUCAGAGACGCGUUCAACAAGAGGAUCGCUGACCUGGAACAGUGUCUGCGAACAGCGGAGGAAGAGGUGGAGAAGAUGGCAGCUAUCGCAGAGCAGGAGAAGCUCCGAAAUAUUGACAUGGAGAAGCAACUCCAAGCCCUAAAUCCAUCCAUCAGCUUCAGCUCUGCUCCCGUUUCCAGUCCAGUCUCACAUCUGCAGCAGGCCCUGCAGGACAAAGACAACAUCAUCGAGCAGCUUCAGAUCACUUUAAAAGAUCGGGAAGCUGUGAUUCAGCAGAACAGCAGAGACCAGCAGGCGGAUUCGCCAGCUGCUGAGAGCAUUAAACAGCUGUCUGACCUCAUAGCCCGGAGAGAUCAGGAACUUGAGGCACUGAGGGAUGAGCUCCGUCAAGAGAAGGGCAAACCACAGCCAGAUCGCCAGAGUGACCUCAGUCGAUUGGAGUCGGUCAAUAAACUGCUCACUGAAGAGCUGAACCAGACAAGGAGUACCAAUGAGAACCUGACAAAAACCUUGGAGGAUUCCCAAAGUCAGAACAAGACCCUGUCGGGGAAGUUGGAAGAGAAGGAAAAUGAACUGAACUCUGAGAAGAAAAAUGCUCUAAAGCGAGAUAAAACAAUCCAGGGCCUGACUCAGGUCCUCCGGGAGAAGGAGAAAGAGAUUCAGGAGCUGUGUCAUGAGAUUGAGGACCGAGACGAUGCUUUGGCCAAGGCUAGAGAAGCAGCACAUAAAGCUCAACUGCAGAAAUACCAGGGAGUCGAAGAACACCAAAACCUACUCAUGGAAAAGCAAACGGAGCUGGCCAAACUCCAGGGGGAACACCACACUAAAGUGCUGGAAGCCCAGAAACUGCAGCGUGCGCUGGACAGGAAGGAACAGGAGCUGGUGGACCUGCAGCAGGCCAAGGAGCAGCUGGAGGUCGAACUGGAGGACCUGCAACAACAGAAGAAGAAAGGAGACAAAGCCCUGAAUGACCUGAACAAUCAGCUGAAGAAGCUGGGUGGUGAGAUUGGGGACAGGGAGAGCGCUCUGAAGCAUCAGUAUCAGGAGCUGCUGGACCAAACCGAGAGGAAACUGCAGGCGCAUGAAGUGACCAUCCAGCGGCUCACGUCCACCCUGGCCGAUAAAGAGCAGCAGCUGCAGGAGUACAUCAACAUGGUCAGAGACUUCGAGCAAAGCAGAAGUCCAGGCAGUAACGAUAACAUGCUUUCCAAACUGCGGCAGAGGCUGAAAGAGAAGGAGAAGGCCUUGGAACAAGCACUGGAUGAGAAAUUUGCUGCCAUUGAAGAAAAAGACAAUGAGAUUCACGAGCUGCAGCUGUCACUAAGAGAGAAGGAAAGAGACCUGGACAGACUCAAUAACCUGCUCUCCCAUAAUGAGGAAACCAUCAAUAAUUUUAACGGCAUGAUCAAGGAAAAGGAUGCAGAACUGCAGCAUCUCGAAAACACCCUGAAGAACCUGCAGAGAGCCAAGCAAGAUGUUGAAGAUAACCUGAACAGAUCCCUGAGGGAGAAGGACUCCAUCAUCAGCCAGCUGCAGCUCUCCCUGGAGGGAAAGACUAAAGACAUGGAGGAGAUGGCCGCUUCAAUGCUCAGUCACUCACAGACUCAUGCACGUGACCUUGCUGAACAGAUGGGCCAGAGGUUGAAGGUCACGGAGGCCAUGCUGGCCGAGGCUGUGAAGGCCAGAGAAAGGCUGGUCGCUGACAACGACAGCACUGUCAAGGGGCUGUUGGCUACCAUUAGCAGCAAGGACCAACUUCUCAAGGAGUCUGCUGAGCGCCACAACCGCAUGCUGUCUGAGCGCACUCAAGAGAUCCAGGAAUUGAGGAGACAGCUGUCUGACAGGCAGCAGCAGCUCAGCACCGUGGAGAAGCAGAGCUCUGCAGUGGCCCAGGAGGGUUAUUUAGAAACCGCGGAACUCCGAGCCCUGCUCGCUGAAAAAGACAGUCUCAUCAACAAGCUCCUGCAGCGCGGUCAGGAGCGAGACCAAUUUCUGGCAGAGAUGAGGCAGAAGCCAGAACCAGAUCAUGUCUUAGAGCUCAAGCAAACCAUCCAGAUUAUGCAAGAGAGGCUGGAUGAGAAGGAAGCUGAACUGUCCAGGAGGAACAGCGAGGAUAAUCAGGAGAACAUCCCUCUUCCCAGAAAGACUGUUGUGGUUCUGAAGAAGGAGUUGGCACAGAAGACUGAAGCUUUGAACAAAGCGCUGAAAAAGGAAAAUGAACUGAAGAUCGCGCUGGCCGAGCUUCAGUCAUUGAUGUCUGAGCUGGAGGGUCGCAGUGAAGGCCAAGCGGCUAAUAUUGAGUCCCUGACUGCCACUCUCAAGACCAAGGAGGAGAUUAUCAGUGUUCUCCACCAGCGUCUUGGUCAGAGAGGCGAUGUUCACCCUGAUCGUGCCCAUGACGUGAUCGGCACUGGCCUGGAUCGAUCACUGCCAGUACUCCCUCAAAGAGAGAGUACCACGAUAGGCGGAAACAGCCAGCAAGAUGUUUUCCCUAACCUUACCGCCUUGCAGCAGGAGCAUGACGCUCUAAACAAAGCCCUCAGAGCUGAGCAGCAAGUCUACUCCAACCUCGUCAGGACCGUAAAGGAGCAGGACAGCGUCCAGCGUCUUCACGCUCUGCAGAUGGAGCUGACGGCAGUGCAGCUCCUCAGACAGCAGCUGGAAGACGGCAUUAAAGCAAAUGAAGAGCUAAGAGAUGACUUGGAGAGAGAGAUGCAGAAAUCCAAGCUCAGAGAAGGCUCGGGCCUGAUUGAUCCCACAGAGCUGGAGAGCGUGAGGCACCAGCUUGAAGACGCUCAGCGCUGGAACACGUCCCUGCAGGCUCGUCUGGGAGCCAUUCAGAACCGCGGAGGAGGAGUCGGCGGAGCCAAUGAUGGCAGUAACACAUUGAGUUUCCUUGGAGAUCAGACUUCAUACUUGAGCUUCUGUUUGGGAGAAUCGCAGGAUGAUAGUUUGUCUGGGCUCUCCGUCCAGGAGCUCAGAGAAAAGGUGGUGGAGCUUCAAGACUGGGUCAACAGCCUGCAGACUGCAAACAGUGAACUCCAGAAUCGAUUGUCACAACUGGAAAAAAUGGAGUGUGAUACCCACGACAAGGAAGACGAGGAUCUCGCCAGCAGGAGUGCACGGAAACAGCAGCUUGAAAAGACGCAGGAGAAGCAGCCAUUAGCUCACAGACAGAGGACGCAUCUCCCCGGUCAGCAGGACGAGAGCAAGGCGGCCAUCGAACCCGAAGAGGUCAUGUCUGGAACGCUGUCGGAUGAUGAAAGCCUGGGCAGUGGCCUCACUCAGGCUAGAGAAUCACGUCAGUCUGGGAAAUACAUUCUGGACACUGUGGAGAAAGAAUCCAGGGAGAGGAACAGAGAUUUAACUGCAAUCAGAGUUCUGUUGACUGACUGUGGGCUCACAUCCAUUCCACACCUGAGAGCGGAGGUACUCAGGCUCAGAUCAGAAAACACGGCGCUGCGGGGUCUCCUGAAAGAGCAGAAAUCUGCUGAGCUCAAGGAGAAGGAGAGCACAGACGCUUCAGGAAACAGCAGUGAAGGCCAGUCUGAAAUGAGAAAGAGUUUGGAAACGCUGCACCCAGAAGCAAAGGAAGACUGUAAUGCCAUCAAACAAGUGAAGAAAGGAAAGGAAAAUGCUUUGAAUGAGGCGUCGGAUGGAGAAAUCCUCACUUCCACUGACAGCACUGCAGAUGAAACAGCCAGUCUGACAACGAGGGAGUCGCACAGCAGGAGUUCCAAGCAGCAUGUGGCAAGACACAGGGCCGGAGUUAAAUCUCGCCUGCCUGUGCCUGUGAGGCUGAGAGCCGAGGCCGCCAGCAGCAGCUGUCCAUCCGCGGCCUCCAGCCAAGUGGAGGGUGAUGGACGUCAGCGGCUUCCAUCGGAGGAGAACUAUGAGUCUGACCAACAGUUGCCUUCAGAAUCGGACUCGUCAUCGGUGCAGCAAAGUGUUUCCCCUUCAGCCACCCUCAGACCUGCUCCCUGCAGCUACAGUCCAGCGGAGUCGGACAGAGACUCUGAACCCAGAGCGUCAGCGGAUCACAGCCAGUCUAUCUCUGUUCUCUUCACUCAGCUGGAGCUCCUUCAUCAGGAGUGUCAAGAGAAAGAAACUCUGAUCAGCCAGCUGACCGAGCAGCUCUCUGGCUGGGAAGAGCUCCAUUCCCAGAUGCAGGAGAAAGAUCGACUCAAUCGGCAGUAUGCCGAAGCUCUGCAGGCUGCAGAAUCCACCAUCGCGUACCUGACUGCCUGCAGCCUGGACAGUCAGGCCGAGCCCGGCUCUGUCGCUGUCCUCGGCAGAUGCACGGAGCUCCAGAAAGCCCUGCAAGAGAAGGAGGCGCUCAACCACCAGCUGGUCGAACUUCUGAACGCGGCAGAGGAAGCCAUCGCUUGUUCUGACGAGCAAGAGGGGAAUCCAGCCGGUGCUGAUCUCUGUUUGAGGAUACAGGACGCUUUGCAGCGUGUGAACGCUUCUUCACAUCAAAAGGGCUCGAGUGGAGUCUGUGGCGGUGCUGACGGCUCCUUGCAGGAGCUGCAGCAGCAUGCAGACUCUUUGCAGGAGGCGCUCUGGGAGCAGAACAGGCUGAACGCAGAGCUGCAGGAAAAGCUGAGAGCUGCAGAGGCUGCUGCGCAACACGGCAAAGAAACACCCGAAGACAAGGAAUCCCCGGAGCAGCAUGGCACAGCAGGAGGCCUUGAUGAUAAUGGUUCCAAUCAAGAAAUUAUCCAAGUUAUAUUGAACUGCUUUGAUGCAGCGGAGUCUGCCGUCGCCUCUCUAGCAGCACACUGUACAAACGCGAGCUCUUUAGCUUCAGGCCGGUCGUCACAGACCAGCUCCGACUUCCAGCUGUAUAUGGACAAACUUCAGAGAGCUCUUAAAGUGAAGGAGGAGCUGAGGGGAGCGGGCCGUCUGGCCUCCAAGUCCAGCGGCGGUCAGCCCGCCUCGGCUGGAACAAACGGACAAAAGCUCCAUCAGCAUCUCUGCCUCCUCUACAAGGUCAUCAUCGAUUACUCCCAGAGGAUUUGUGAGCUGCAGGAAGAGAGGAGGCACAAAGGAGAGAGCGAGGUCCACAGGACGCCCCAGGACGCCAAAGCCUUAUCACCAGCCGUUCAGGCCCAGCUGGAGGCUCUGCACAAGGCGCUGAGGGAGAAGAAGAAAACCUGUGAAAACCUAAAGGAGCAGCUGCGGACUGCUCGCACCAGCACGUCUUCCCCUGAAACAGCGAGGAAAGCUCCUGAGCAGGAUGACAAGGGCGUGCAGGUGGAUUUGCAGGACCUGGGUUACGAAACCAGUGGCAAGAGUGAGAACGAUAGGGAAGAGAGCAGUAGCACAGAUCUGGAGGUUGGCGUGAACCCGAGCUGCAGUGCCUCCAGCCUGCCUUCUCUGCUGAAACGUGAACAGGCCGCCUUCUCCUCCACUGAAAACCUGGACUCAAACUCCAGCACGCCGUACCCCAGCUCCCCGGCACUCAGCUCAGCCAAGGUCAGUCUGAAGAGCUUGCAGGUUUAUGACGAGUACGGUGCUUCUGAGGAUCCUCAUCAGCUCCAGGGACAAGUCAGAGAACUGAAGGUCCAGCUGGAAAACCAGACCAGACUCAUCCUCCAGAUGCAGAGUCUCCUGCGAAGAAGCUCGCUCUCCAGCGACCUCCUUGCCAGCCCGUCUGACCCGUCGCUGAUCAGGGACCAUGAAGUCGCGCCCCAAGAGGACCGAAGCCCCAACAAGAGCCACAGGAGCGGCCAGCUGAGGGAGAGCCAGGCCACGAGGAGCUCCAGCCAUCUGAAUGUGGACCUGGAAAGAGAGAAGACUUUCAGCAGAAGCAGCAGCGAUCAGCUGCAGCAGAGCCGCAGUCGCUCCACUUCACCUGCGAGACUGGACUCCUUGGUGCAGUCGCAGGCCAGGGAGCUGUCGCAGCUGAGGCAGCAGAUGAAGGAGAGCCGCCGGCUGGGCGCUCUGCAGCGCCGGCAGCUGGAGGAGCUGAGCAAGGCGCUGAAGGAGCUGCCGCAGGCCGGAGACGUGGACUCCUACGUGGCGGCCAGAGAGCAGCUGGACAAGAGUCUGAGCAUCCUGGACAGGCUGGAGGGCCGGCUGGACAAAGGAGAUUCUCAUCUGGAUAAUGAGGAUGUGGCAGCUCUGGAACUGUCGCGGAGACUGGCCAAAGAGCUGCAGGAGAAGAACCGAGUCAUCCAGAGCCUGCAGAGUCAGAUCCGAGGCCAGAGUCUGGGCAGCCACCACAGCUCCCAGUCCGAUCUGUACCAGACCGACAGGACGGCGUCGUCCUGCCACAGCAGCCCCGCCUCGCCAGCCGCCGGCCCGGCGCACUGCCGUCAACAGCCGGCCGACUGGCCCGGAUCCUCCGUCCCCGCUGUGGGAGGAGUCCAGGAUGAGGGCGCGCCCGGCCGGCGGGACGCCGCCAGCCGCCUGCACGGCCUGCAGAGGGAGAACGGGCGGCUGCAGGAGCAGCUGAGGGGCAGCGAGGAGCUCAACGCCACCCUGCGCAGCGAGCUGGACCUGCACCGCUCCAUCAUGGCCCAGACCGGCUCCCAGCUCCCGGAGCAGGACCAGACUCAGGAGCAGGACUCGGGGCUCCAGUCAGAAACACACAAAGAAGACGACGAAUCGCUAAAGAUCACAGAUCGGCAGAGUCGCAGCAUGAAUCCUGAUCUGCUUGCAGAGCAUCUCCAGGAGAUCCGAGCCCUGCGGCAGCGUCUGGAGGAAAGCAUCCGCACCAACGACCGCCUCCGGGAGCAGCUGGAGAGGAGACUGGCCGAGGUGGAGAAAGACCCCGCGGCCACCAACAUCUUCAUCCACGGUAACGAAGAGCAGAGUCAGCUGGCGAAUGAAGUUCGGUUCCUCUGGGGACAAAACCAGGCCCUGAAAGAGCAGCUGAGCCUGGGGUCCAGAGACAAGCAGAAGGAGAACGACAAGCUGCGAGAGACUCUGGCGCGGCGGACGGCCAAGCUGGAGCAGAGCAGGAGCGAGUGCGACGCUCUGCGGGAGGAGAACGGCCGCCUGCAGGAGCGCCUGGAGCACAGCGGCCAGGAGAACGCCCAGCUGCAGGACUCACUGCAGUACAGCAAGGAGGAGCUGCACAGACUGCAGAGCGAGGUGAAGCUCCAGAGGCAGCAGCUGUCCGACUCGCAGCACCUCCUCCAGUCGCUCCGAGUCGAGCUGCAAGUUCACGAGAAGAUGAAGAGCGAGUCCAGACGCCACGAGUGCAGGGAAGCCGUGCAGGACCCCGCCCUCGGCCCCGCCCCUGGCCCCGGCCCUGCCUCCUCCUCCUCCUCCGUGGACCUGAGCGAGCUGCUGAGCGAGAUCCGCCACCUGCGGCUGCAGCUGGAGCGAAGCAUCCAGACCAACACGGCGCUGCGGCAGCGUCUGGAGGAGCAGCUGCUGCGAGGAGCCAACCGCUCCGAGACCAUCAACAUCAACUACCUGCUGUCGUCGCCAGAUGAAGGCGGCAGGUCUCCGGGUCGGGACGGCGCCGACGCUCACCAGCACGCCUUUCAGACGCGCAGCGAGCACGCCGGCUUCCAGCACGACGUGGACGGAGGCUCGCUCAGCAGCAGCUCCGGCGACAGCGUCUCCGGCGCCCCGUCCCGCCUGGUGCCGGGUCACCGCAUGUGGGCCGGCCGCCACGGCCGCCACGUCCUGGGCCUGAUCGAAGACUUCAACGCCCUCCGCAAGCAGAUCCACGAGGGCCGGCGGCUGGCGCGCUGCAUGGACGCACAGCUGCAGGAGUGUGUGUACACGCUCCAGCGGCGCGGCCGCGACGAGCAGGCGGAGCAGCAGCAGCAGCAGCUCCAGACUCUGUCCGGCAGCGUGAGCGCCAUGCAGCAGCUGAUGGAGGAGGCCGGCCGGCUGCUCAAGCUGCUGUGGAGGGUCUCUCUGCCGGCGGGGGGCGCCGCGGCAGACGGCAGCAGCCACCACCAGCAGGACGAGCUGCUGAAGACGGAGAUCAGCCGGCUGAAGAGCCGCCUGUCGCAGCAGGAGAGGAUGCUGAGCGGCGCCGUGAAGCGUCUGCGGACGACCAACCAGCUGAAGGAGGGGAUGGAGAGAGUCAUCAUCGACCAGCUGUCUCUGACUCACGGCGUGCUGAAGAAAGCCCGAGGGAAUCUGGAGACAAAUUACUGCAGCCUGUUUGGGCUGAAAGCCCUGAGCGGAGCGGCGGCGACAGGUCAGUGUGGAGCGCGACUCCAUCUGCUGCAUGACGCCAGCGCCACAGGAAGUGUGUGUGAGUGUGAGUGUGUGUUAGUGAAGUUGGAGUAAGUGGAAAUCACAAAGCACAUCUCACGCUGCAUGAAGACGCUGAGACGAGUUUGACAUUUUGUGCUGAAUGCUUGUUUGCUUUGGAGACGUUGAGCUCAGCUGGAAAACCCUGGAUCUGAUUGACCUUUGACCUCUGACCAUUCCUCUCAAACUGAUCAGGUCAGAUUAACACUCAGAAUACAGGACGAAGGUUUCUGGUUUCACUCCCGAGGCUUGAAGGGGAUGGAAACACACGGGAUGUUUGAAUGCCUCCAAAUGAAGCAUGUCGUUCUUACAUCAGGGUUGUCCAACGUAAGGCCCGUGGGCCAAAACCAGUCCACAUGAGGCUCCAAUCCGGCCUUCAAAAUCACCAAGCAAACUGAAAAAAUUUCACAAAAAACAGAUUUCUGGAGCAGUGUUGUUUUUGGCAGCUUAUUUUGAUUUAGUUUUAGUCUUAGUUGUUUGGACAAAAUCCUCAUUAGUUCUAGUCACGUUUUAGUCAUUUCUGCUCCUCGUAGUUUUAGUCUAGUUUUAGUCGACGAAAACCAAAGAGGUUUUAGUCCAGUUUUAGUCAUUUAAAAAAAAGGCUAAAACAAUACGUGAGGAAAAAGACGGACAAAGGAAAUUUUUAAACCUUACCAC